UGUGCUUUCACUUCUACAGUGUGUGUCGAUGAAUUUCCGAGCUUUAAAACACACAGCAUGAUUUACAUUCAGAUAUUUUAUUCGAUCUGAGGCAGAUCUUGGAAUACGCAUUGUGGAAAUAACUGAUGCCUACAGUACCUGGUGGCACAGUUCCAGCGACGAGGCUCCACCCUCCCGGAUAGCUGCUGCAGUGUCGAGGGAAACUUGACUGAGUCCAGACAGGUGAACGAGCCCAGCUGACUAAUCGUGUUGCGGGAAACCGUCAACAGAUUCUACAAUGGGGACAGGGCACAUCCCAUCAGUGUACAAGAUGACUCACCUGUCUGGCAUUUUCAUUCUAUUUCUCAGUGUCGUGGCUCAGGAACUGCCAUCUGUGCCUCAUGGCUGUACAGAGGGAAGCUGUUACCCAGCAACCGGUAACCUGCUCAUUGGCCGAGCUAGAGACCUGACAACAACCUCCACCUGUGGCCUGCAGAGCCCAGAGCACUAUUGCAUCGUCAGCCACCUGCAGGAAUCAGACAAGUGUUUCCUGUGUGACUCCCAAAGGCCAUACGACCCCAUCUGGCACAGGAACAGCCAUCAUGUGAGCAACGUCAUCUACCUACAGGACCAGAAUGGGGAUCUUACCUGGUGGCAGUCAGCAAAUGGAGAAGAGAAUGUCAGCAUCCGAUUGAACUUGGAAGCAGAGUUUCACUUCACGCACCUCAUAAUGAAGUUUAAGACAUUCCGCCCAGCGGCCAUGCUGAUUGAGCGGUCGGCGGAUUUCGGGCGCACGUGGAAACCGUACCGCUUCUUCUCCUACAACUGCACCAAAAUGUUCCCCCGUGUCCCGGCGAGACCCCUGCAGCUCAUCGAUGAUGUCAUCUGCGAGGAGCGCUACUCCGAUAUCGAGCCCUCCACGCUGGGGGAGGUCAUUUAUAAAGUACUCGACCCUGCCAUUGACGUCAAAGACCCCUACAGCCUGGAGAUUCAAGAGCUCCUUCGGAUAACCAACCUGCGGAUCAACUUCACCAAACUGCACACACUGGGGGACAACCUCCUGGACAGGCGCACGGAGGUGCUGCAGAAGUAUUAUUAUGCCCUCUAUGAGCUGGUGGUGCGUGGCAGCUGCUUCUGCUAUGGCCAUGCCUCAGAGUGUGCCCCCAUCGCUGGGAUCACUGCCACGGUGCCAGGAAUGAUUCAUGGCAGAUGUGUCUGCAAGCACAACACCGAGGGUUUAAACUGCGAGCAGUGUAAAGACUUCUACAACGAUCUUCCCUGGAGUCCGGCUGAGGCAGACAACCCACACACCUGCAGAGAAUGCAACUGCAACGGUCACUCCAGCCGUUGUCACUUUGACAUGGCGGUGUACCAGGCCACAGGGAAUGUGAGCGGAGGCGUUUGUGACGACUGCCUCCACAACACCAUGGGCCGCAACUGCGAGAUGUGCAAACCCUUCUACUACCAGGACCCCCUGAGAGACAUCAGAGACCCAGCUGUCUGCAUACCGUGCGACUGUGACCCUGUGGGCUCCCUGGACGGCGGGGUGUGUGACAGCCUCACGGACCUGGACAUCGGGAUGAUUGCUGGCCAGUGCCGCUGCAAGCAGAACGUCAAGGGCACCCGCUGCGACUGCUGCAAGGAGGGCUUCUACGGGCUCAGCCAGAAUGACCCCCUGGGGUGCCAGCCAUGCAACUGUGACCCUCGUGGAAUUAUAAUGGGAGGAGCCCCGUGCGACCAGAUCAGUGGUGACUGUUCAUGUAAGCGGUAUGUCACAGGCCGCUACUGCAACCAGUGUCUGCCAGAAUACUGGGGCCUCAGUAACGACAUUGCAGGCUGCAGGGCUUGUGACUGUGAUUUUGGAGGAGCCUACAAUAACAGGUGCCUGAUGGAGAAUGGACAGUGUGACUGUCGCCCACACAUCAUUGGCCGACAAAGAUGAAAAGAACAGCCUGCUUUUAAAAGCGCACACUUACACUGUGAUCUUCAGUGUCUUCGUGUUGUCUCUCUCUCUCUCUAGGGAAAGCCCAGACCAAAAGCUGAGACUGACUGUGUGGAGCACUUGAACAACCAACUCAGGAGGCACCGCCGCCAUCGGAGAAUCGCCAACGCCCAGCAGCAGAGGGCAGCACUGAGGAGGAUCCGGCAGUUGCAGCAGACGCCCGAUGUGAAGAUCGUGCACAGGGAAAGAUCUCCCGGACACAUGGUCACGUGGACAGGCCCCGGCUUUGCGAGGGUAAAGGAUGGAGCGGGCCUAGUGUUCCAAAUCAGCAACAUCCCUUUCGCGAUGGAGUAUGAUAUCAUGAUACGAUAUGAGCCAGAGUCAACAGAAGAUUGGGAAGCCAUAGUGAGCAUCUCAUCUGUCUUGUUACCCACAAGUUCCCGCUGUGGAAAUGUGCUUUCUUCUGAACAAAUGUAUCAUGUGACACUCCCUCAUCAAACAAGAUACGUCAAGAUGCCCAGACCGUUUUGCUUUGAGUCAAACAACCGCUAUGUUGUAGCAAUCCGCUUCCAGCGUCACAGAGCCUCCCAGAGACAUCUGACAGCUUUCAUACUGGUGGACUCUUUGGUUCUGAUUCCAAAGUACACUGAGCUGCCAGGUUUCAAUGGGAACGACCCAGUGUCAGUUCACCACAGGGAAGAGAUGGAGCACUACAUGUGCCUGGACUCCUUCAUGAUGGUGCCCAAGCCCAUGCUGGCAGAAAUGUGCACCAAACUCCUCUGCAGCAUCUCGGCCAUCCUGCAUGAUGGGGCAUUACCCUGUCAGUGUGACCCCCAGGGCUCCCUCAGCACGGUGUGUGAAAAGGUCGGAGGGCAGUGCCACUGCAAGCCCAAUGUGAUUGGCCUGCACUGUGACCGAUGUGCUCCAGGGACAUUUGGUUUUGGCCCUUAUGGCUGCAUAGCUUGUGAUUGCCAUUCUCAUGGGUCAGUCAGCAGCCUGUGUGACCCUCUCUCGGGCCAGUGUCGGUGUCAUCACGGAGCCACAGGAAGGCAGUGUGCCAACUGCCACCCCGGGCACUGGGGUUUCCCUAACUGCCGGCCUUGCCAGUGCAACGGGCACUCGGAGAGCUGUGACCCAUCCACGGGAGCCUGCAUCAACUGCAGGGACUACACUGCUGGCGAGCAGUGCGAGGGGUGUAUGAAAGGCUUCUAUGGAAACCCUGUUCUGGGCUCUGGGGAUCACUGCCGGCCGUGUCCCUGUCCAGGGAACCCAGGGAGCGCUCACUCGAACGGGGAAUCCUGUUACGCUGACCCUUCGUCCAACCAAGUCAUCUGCAAUUGCAAACAAGGAUACGCAGGCCCCCGCUGUGACCGAUGCGCCUCUGGGUAUUUUGGGAACCCAGAGAGAGCUGGUGGAGAGUGUCGGCCUUGCCAGUGCAAUGGCAACAUCGACACUCUGGACCCGGGCUCGUGUGACCCCCGGACGGGCCAGUGUCUGAAGUGUCUCUACAACACAGAUGGACCGACCUGCGGGGAGUGUAGGCCCGGUUACUAUGGCAACGCCCUGAUACCUCAGAACUGCAGGCGCUGCACAUGUGCUGCUGUGGGCACCCUGCAGUCUCAAUGCCAAGGAGACCUGUGCUACUGUGACAAGAAAACAGGGGCGUGCCCCUGCCGGCCCAGCGUCAUUGGGCAGAACUGCGAUCAGUGUGCACCCCAGCACUGGAAUUUGGGCAGGGACCUUGGCUGUGAGCCCUGUGCCUGCCACCUCCAACACUCCCUGCGUGCUGACUGCAAUAUGUUUACCGGACAAUGUCACUGCCGGCCUGGGUUUGGAGGACGAGUGUGUUCUGAGUGCCAGGAGGAUUACUGGGGAGACCCCACCACAGAGUGCAAAGAGUGCAGCUGCGACCCCUUCGGCGCCGAGAUCUCCCAGUGCGACCGACAGACAGGGCACUGCCAGUGCAGGGAGGGGGCGACGGGUCCGCGCUGUGACCAGUGCUCCCGCGGCUUCACCGGGAACUUCCCCAAGUGUGUGCGCUGCCACCCCUGCUUCGACCAAUGGGACGGGGUGGUGUCCCGCGUGUGGGCGGAGCUGGAGCGCGUUCGGGAGCAGGUGAAGAAGAUCCAGGCCACCGGGAUCACCUCCAGCCUCAAUGACGCCCGCAUUCGGGACCUGGAGAAGAAGCUGGAAAACAUCCAGAGGCUUAUUGAUGACAGGGCCUCUGAGAAGAUCUACCCCCUGGUCAAGCAGUAUGCUGAUGACCUGAGGGCAGCGAUAGACAACACAGAUGGGAGGUUGAUGGGCAUUUUUGGAGACCUGAACAGCACCAUGCAGAAAGACAGGAAGCAGCUCCAGAGCCUGGAUCUCCUUGAAACAGAUCUCGGAGAUCUCAACAGCACAGUGGCCAAACUCCGACGCAGACUGGAGAGCCUUAUCACUGCUGGGAUCACUGAGCAAUUUGAGGAGGUCCGUAAGUACUACAAGGAGUCCCUGGGUGCAGAGAGAAGAUGCAAUGGCUCAGUUUCUGGCCCUGACAGCCCUGUGGGACAGUCACAGGAAACAAGACGACGGGCUGAGGACCUCAUGAAGAAACAAGCAGACAAAUUCCAGCGCACAAUGGCAGCCCAUAAAAAAUCCCUGAAAGAGCUGCAAGACAAAAGCAAAGACAUGAACAAGAAGGUCCAUCAACUUAGCCGUAAGGUCUGUGGAAGCACCAGUGGGCAAGAGAGCUGCACAGACAGCACGUGUGGGGGUGCUGGUUGCCGUGACGAGCAGGGUCAGCUGAAGUGUGGUGGGGUUACCUGCAAUGGAACUGUGGGUACAUCUGUGAGAACUCUGAAGCUGGUCAAUGACAUCGCUGCCAACAUGUCCACUGCCAACGAUGAGCUGCAGAACGUUGCAAAGAAGCUGCAGGACAUUGAGAUGCUGAUGCAGGAAGUAAAAACCCAGGCAAAGGGGGCAUUGGAAAAAGCUCAGAAAAAUAAGGAGGACUUUGUGAACUCCAAUAAGAAGCUUAAAGAAUUCAUCCAGAAGAUCAGAGAUUUCCUGACUGAGGAAGGAGCUGAUCCAGGGAGCAUUGAGCUGGUGGCCCAGCAGGUGCUGGCCAUCUCGCUGCCCGUCAAUGGAGCCAACAUUGCCCGGGAAAUCAAGGACAGCAUCGCCAACCUGACCGACGUGGAGAAAGUCUUCAACACCACCUCCCAGCAGCUUCGCAUCGUGGAGGAGCUCCUGCAAAAUGCUCGUGAUGCAAAGACCCGGGCAGAAGGAGUGAAGGGGCUUGUCAAUGAGACGAAGAUGACAUUAGACGAUGCCAAGACAGCAGCAGAGUCAGCAGAGAAAGCUCUCAGAAAGGCUCAGAAGAACAUCAACAGUGCACAAAAUGCCACAGACUUGGAGAUGGAAAAUGUGGAGCAGAAAUUUAAAGAGCUUCAGAAAAAAGUGGAUGGUAUGAACGGAGGAAGUGGAGCCAUUGAUGAUAUUGACAAGAAACUGAAAGAUAUCAAGAAAGAUGCUGAGGACCUCCUCAAUAAAGCCAACAAUGGCAUGACCGCACUAGAUGAUCUCGAAAAGAGGUAUCGGAUCAAUGAGAAGAGGAUGCAGGAGCAAAGGGAUGAACUGGCUGAUCUGGAGCGGAAUGUCACCAGCAUCAGAGACAUUAUACGUGAACACGUGACACAGUACAACACCUGCAUUUUAUAAGUGAUCUUCAGAUCCGACACUUAUUUAGAUUGACUGACACUUCUUGAGGUCUUAUUUAGACCUCAGCCUCUGAUUCUUGUUUAAAGAGCAGCUCCAGAGCUCAAAGGCAAGGCUACUGAGAGGCCUUUUUUUCCCCGUGUUACUUUUGAUUUUCUAGAUGUGAAGAAAUGUACCUUGACUAUGUAUUAAAUAUGUUCAAAACUGCACGCAAACAAACUACAAAUUUGGCCUUUGAAACCAGAUUGAAUCUCCAGUGAGUUGAUUGGGUUUUUUUUUUGUUAACGAAAGGAACCAUCAACACACUGUCCUCCCUAGAUGUGACCUUUAGGACGAAGAAGUAAUCUAACCUGCUUCCCGUAAUGCCCAGAAAACUGCAGACACGGGCAAUGUUGUGGAGAUUUGCAAGACAAAAUGUAUCUUUGUAGCCCUAUAACUGUAUAAACGUGACACUUUACGUUUAAAGAACUAACAUAAAAGGGAUUUUUAUUGUUUUUUGAUCACUUAUUGACAGUAUGAUAUUGAGUGUAGAAUUCCUUUUUAUGCUUAAAAUGACCAUUAUUGAGUAGAACAUUGUAUUAAAGAAUAUCUCUAAAAAACAAGGAUGGAAAAACUUGACAGACAGACAGACAAAUCGUGUUCUGCUCAAAAAUGUAACAAAACCAGGUCCUGAUGAGAGUGAUUGUUUGCUAGAGUUAAUUUAGACUAAAAGAGUGCUAAAAAUCCAAGACUCCCACAGUCAGCACUUAUUGCCAUAAUGAAUAAUCUUUAUCGGGUAAAAAUACUGGGCUCUGUAUUCAAAACACUCAGGGACAGAUAUACCAAUGUACUGAGCCUUUUUUACAAGCCAUAAGCCUUUUACAAAUGAGUGGAGGAUGUACUGAACAAAAACAAUUUAAAGAAACCUUGUGUGAAGAUGUUUGGUCUUUGCAACUAAACCAUUAAUGACUCAUUGAUUCCGGAUAGUCCCGUUAGAAGUAUCAAAAAUGUGAUUUGUACUUACCAUAUCCUUUUGUAGUUAUACAAAGCCCAGAUAAGGAACAGGAGUUUAAUGUUCUAAAAUACAGCCUGGAGCCUCUAACCCAGAGAAGCUGGGCUAUGUUUCUCUCAGUGGCCUAUAGUAGUAGAUGUGGAAGUCUGGCACAUUCCACUCUGUGUUUCCCUGUGCCUCAUCUGCAGCCUCAUCUACAAUGAUGAAGGCGUAUAUUUCAAAUUUUCCAUUACACAGUUUUACCUGAUUAGUGAGAGCAAUGGAUGGCACACAUGUGCCACUACUCCUCUAGAUAAUUCUAAGCACAUGUAUAGAAUGACCUGCUAGCAUGUACUGUAAUUUAAAGAUAACAAUUACAAAUGUCAUUCAUCUUGAGUUACUCCAUUAGUUUUUUAUUCCUAAGAAUAAGAAUAGCUGUAUUUCUAACCAGCUGAAGGGAGAGACAGAAUAGUAUGGAAUCUCCAGCUACUCUUUAAUAAAAUGGUUUUUUUUUCCUUCCUUCCUCAUCAUCACUCGUGCCAGUAUAUGGCUGUGGCGAGACAGACUGGGAGAUUGCUCCCUGAACAGUCUUGUUUGUGCUCCACACUAUAACUACUACUCAAACCCAGACAGGAGCAGAGUAGUAGGCUAUGCAUGUCAGACCAUCCUGGUUACCCACAGGUACCAUGAUUUAUUUGGAGAGCUGGUGCAAAACUCAUGCGAAGCUUUGUUUGCUAAUAAGUUGCAACAUAUCGGUAUAUUGAGGCUCUUCUCGUUAAUAAAUGUACUGUAAGUAUAGAGGAUGUCUUGUUUAGUUUUUGAAUUGUCAUGGCACAAACACAGACUGCACUAUGUUUGGUCUGCAAAUGGCCCUUAAGUGCUUAGAUAUUUGAAGCAAUCGAGUUUUAGCUGCCUAAGUGUUUUGAAUAUAAGAACUCACUGACUUCAUAAAGCAGGAAGCUUUGAAUUACAUAUUUUUUCAAGAUUUCAAACAAACUGGGAGUGUCAAAAAGACUACAUUGGUUGGUCCUGUAACUAAUAAUCUGUUGAUAUAAAUGAUGUGUGAGAUGUGAGAGACUCAGAUCUUUCCUGUUUUUGAUUCUUUGUUUUGAUGCUUAUCUAAUGCUUAAUUACCUAUGUACUUAAGAUAAAAUGCAUAAAACUAGCCCAUUUGUUGCCUGCUGAAAAUAUGGUAGGUUUGCUAUUAAAUAUUACUUUUGUGAACUUCACUGCACUUUUUAAGAAACGAGCAUUUUUGAAAAUAAAAAAAACAAAAUCUUUGCUUUCUGCCAGAUUUUCAGCAUAGUAAUGCUGUCAUUUUGUAUUAGAUACUUUUUUAAAUGUUUUUUUUUUCCGGAACAGGUAAAUAUAUUUUAAAAUCGUUAGAAGAUACCUACAGUAUAAAAGUAGAUCAGGGAUUUUAAAGUAUGUUUCUAUAAUUUGAAAAUAUCCUUGGUCAGUAUUUUCGGGCGUUUUCUCCAUUAAAGUCCAUUAACCCCCUACCCAUGAUAGAAACAAUAAAUAAAUAUCUGCGCCUAUUUUAAAUGUGCAAAUUCCUUCUCACAUUACAUUAUUGCAGUCCUUAAUAAACCCAAUGGUUUGCACAAAGUGUCUUUCUGCCUUUGGUAAAGUGUAGAAAUAUAUGUCAUUUGAUGGAAUAAGCUCAGGUGUAAUAAUCAUGAUACCUUGAUAAUUAUGAUACAUAAUACUGUAUAUAAUUUAAAAACUAAUUAGAUAUCUGAUAACUAAAUAUAUAGUGUCCUUUAAAACAGUAAUUGUAUAGUUAGGAGUGAGAGGACGAAUUUUGAAGUGCUGUAUACCAUGCCCAAGCCUGUUUAAAACAUGUCACAAAUUUGUAUUUUCUAAUCAGACAAAUUUAGAUUUGGCUUCAGAAAUGUAUUGCAAAGACCGGAAUAUAACACCACACUUUUCUUAUUGUACUGUUACCUUUGCUUUUUCCUUUGUCCAAAAGCCUGUGAGUUCAUGUUACAAAGCUGCUAUUAAGUGAUAUGGUGGAGGAUAGACUGAUACUUAAUUCUAAAGAAGAGAGUUUCUCAAUGGUCAUUUUGGGGCACUUGAUUAGUUUCUGGUGCAAGCUUACCCGGAAGAAAAGUGGGUACUGAUUUAGCUGUUGAGAACUCCUGAGAAGAGAUUGUAAAACUGUAUGAUUGAAAUGGAGAUGCCUCCAAUACAAAGAAAAAGAAUCUCAGUUGUGUAUAUUCUCAGAUAUGUCUGUCUAUUACAUUUGUGCAUGAAUCCUCAGUUCUUGUCAUUGACAGAGAAACGUAUAAACAAUAAACAUGCAUUUGAUACGAGG